GCGGGACUCUCUGUAAUACGGGUAGGAAACGAAAUAACGAACACUUUAAGGUCCAAGGUGGCGUGAUAUUCACCUUGCUGAUGUGUUUAGCUAAUAUGCGUUGGUAUCCCUUUGUCCAGUGUAUUUAGUUAGACUUAACCUACCACAAUGAGUAGAUAUAUCCUUCCUGCGUCUGUAUUUGGGACUGUUUUUGGCUGUGCUGUGUUGUUAAAGAACCAUCUGACAGGAGGCACCUGCCCAAGUAAAGCCAAGAUCCCUGGAAAGACAGUGGUUAUAACCGGGGCCAACGCCGGGAUCGGAAAAGAGACAGCCCGGGAGCUGGCCAGGAGAGGAGGAAGGAUUAUUAUGGGAUGUCGGGACAUGGAGAAGUGUGAAACAGCAGCACGUGAGAUCAGAGGUUCCACCCUGAACCCUCAUGUUUACGCCAGACACAUCGACCUGGCUUCAAUUAAAUCCAUACGGAGCUUUGCUGAGAAGAUCAACCAGGAGGAGGAAAGAGUGGACAUUCUGAUCAAUAAUGCUGCGGUGAUGAGGUGUCCUCCAGGGAAGACUGAGGAUGGAUUUGACAUGCAGUUUGGAGUCAACUACUUGGGCCAUUUCCUCCUGACCAAUCUGCUCUUGGAUAAGCUGAAAGACUCCGCCCCCAGCAGAGUGAUCAACCUAUCGUCUUUGGCGCACAUCAUUGGUGAGAUUGACUUCGAUGACCUGAACUGGGACAGGAAGAAGUUUAACACGAAGAAGGCGUAUUGUCAGAGCAAACUCGCCAUCAUCCUGUUCACACGAGAGCUCGCACGCAGACUCGAGGGUACUGGGGUCACGGUAUACGCCCUGCACCCUGGAGUCGUCGCCACAGAGUUGGGUAGACACACAGGCAUGCACCAGUCCCAGUUUUCCAGUACUGUACUCAGUCCAAUCUUCUACCUGCUGAUAAAGUCGCCCGAACUUGGCGCCCAGCCCAGCGUCUACCUGGCUGUUGCCGAGGAGCUGGCGAGCGUGAGCGGUCGUUACUAUGACGUUAUGAAGGAGAAAGAGCCUGCCCCUCAGGCUCUGGACCAGGAAGUGGCAGUCAGACUCUGGGAUAUCAGCGCAUCUUUGGUGGGUUUAGAGACCACUGUUUCUGUACCAACUUCUUCUCCAGAGACUGUAACGCAAGUUCUGCCUGAGCAGACUCAGACACACCCCUCAGAGCCUGCUGCUGCUAUGACGACCGUGUAAGACUGACAUGACUGGCAUUGAGGCAAUGUGACCUGAUAAGGGACCUGAAAACGCUGCUACAAGUGUGUUGGAUUACUUGAUUUGUCAUUCUAAACUGUUUAAGGUGCCUUCUUCUGAGGUCACCCAAGCCAAACAAAGACCUGCAAUAUGUAACAAUAACAGUCUUUUUACAAGCCACUUGAGGUGGAAAUACUUUUUCUGUUCUAGGGACUGGCAUUAAAACAUAUAUUUAAAACAA